AUGAAGUUUCCGGUUUUCGUAUUGUUCUUCGCCUUGUCAAUUUGUUCGGCACGAUAUGUCGUGAAUUGGUUUUGGGAUGGCCUCGUCGUGUCCCUGCUGACCGCGAGAGCCGAGACGAACACCUACGCGCCAUGGACAUCCCUGAGCAUGCUGCUGGCCACAUUUUCAAGUUCAUCGAGAAACAUGGGCCUGUCCUUCACCAGUGGGGCGUUGACGGUGCCGCGAUCGCCACGCUGUCAACUCUCCAUGACGGCUUUUUGGUUCUCGAUUGGAGAGCUCGAGUCCAUUUUGCAGUACGGACAUGGGGACCGACAGGGUUGCAAGGUGGGUGCAGCGAUUUACAACGCUGCGUGUGAUAUACCUUUACAGUUUGCUCGCCAGUGGCUUGAGCGAGCCGGGGUUGCAAUCGACUGCGUGCUUCAUCGGACGUGUUUUUUUCAAAAGAAGCUCCGAGGAGGAUGCGGGGUAAGCAGGUGCCUCCAGGGCAGCCCCCCCAGACAGGAACUGACGUUCCGUAUAUUGAUGGCGAGUGCAUUGGCGCCAUGGCUCCUACUGCUACGCGACUGCGUGCUGCCAUAG